UGAAGGAGAAGAAGAUGGGGGCGUGGUUUGUCUCCGGUGGUAGCGGAGACAAAUGUUCCCCCCGCCCCCCAAACAUGGACCCUGCUAGCCGGACCGCUGUCGGGAUUUUGGUCACGCUGCUCUGCGGCUACCUGUGUCGGGCAGCGCUUACCACCGAAUUCUUCUCGACGCUGACGCUGUUCAACGGCGAGCUCCACAAGGACGGGUGCGGCUCGCUUUCCGACUGGGAAGAAUACCCGGCGGACUGCGGUAAACGAAAGGGGGAAGAAUCAUCCAUUUUGCAGGUGGAUGACCCAAACUGCGAGGAGGGCAGCAACCCGCCCUGCGAGUCAGUGUUCUCCCUCAAUGCCGAGAAGAUUCUUAAUCAAGCCAAGCAGUUUAUAGAGCAGAAGAAAAUCCCCUUCCCCAUCGAAAACAGAAACACAAACGAGGAACUCGCCAUUGGCUACGUUUUGAUUGGCAACGGCCUCUAUGAUGAAGCCAUCAAGCACUUCUCCCUCCUUCUUCAGAGCGACCCCGAGCUGGUCAGUGCCAUUUAUGGCCGAGGGAUUGCCUAUGGCAAGAAAAGUCAUCAGGACAUCAAAAAUGCUGACCUGGCGUUGUACGAGCUCACCAGAGUCAUCACGCUGGAGCCCAACUGGCCCGAAGUGUAUGAGCAGAGAGCAGAGAUUCUGUCUCCUCUGGGUCGCAUCAGCGAGGCGCUGGCAGACCUAACCAAAGCCAUCCAGCUGCAGCCGUCAGCUCGACUCUACAGACACAGAGGAACGUUACUCUUCAUCUCCGAGGACUAUGUGGCAGCCUCGGAGGACUUCCAGCAGUCUUUGGAGCUGAAGAAGAAUCAGCCCAUCGCCAUGCUCUACAAAGGGCUCACCUUCUUCCACAGAGGCAUGCUCAAGGAGGCCAUUGAGACGUUCAAAGAGGCGCUGAAACUCAAGUCCGACUUCAUAGAUGCUUACAAGAGCCUGGGACAAGCCUACAGAGAACUGGGUGACUUCGAGGCGGCAAUGGAAAGUUUCCAGAAGGCCCUCAUGCUGAACCAGAACCACAUCCAGUCCCUGCAGCUCCGAGGCAUGAUGCUUUACCACCACGGCUCCCUUCAGGAAGCUAUUAGCAACUUCAAGAGGUGCCUCCAGCUGGAGCCAUACAACGAGGUGUGCCAGUACAUGAAGGGCCUGAGUCACGUGGCCAUGGGGCAAUUCUACGAGGGUAUCAAAGCGCAGACCAAAGUCAUGCUCAACGACCCACUGCUGGGACAAAAGGCCAGCUCAGAGUACCUCAAAGUCAAAUACCUCCGAGAGUACUCUCGCUAUCUGCACUCCCACCUGGACGUCCCGGUCGCCGAGUACAACGUGGACCAGGACUUGCCAGGAAACUUCAAGAAUCACUGGGCCAAGAAUUUGCCCUUUCUCAUUGAAGACUACGAGGAGCAACCUGGCCUACAGCCGCAUAUCAAGGAUGUGUUGCUGCAGAACUUUGAGUCCUACAACGGCGACGUCCAGAAGCUCAUCUGCACAGCCGAUCAUCUGGGGGCGCUGAUGCAGUACGACACGCCGGGCUUCUUACCCAACAAGAGGAUACACAGAGCCAUGGGCCUGGCGACACUAGAGGUGAUGCAGGCCAUUCAGCGCACGUGGAGCAACGCCAAAGUGCGCGUCAACGGCAAGACAAGGCAGAUGCAGUGGAGGGACAUGUUUGAUAUCGCCGUCAAGUGGAGGAGGGUCGCCGAUCCCGACCAGCCGGUUCUUUGGUUAGACCAGAUGCCUGCCAGAAGUCUCAGUCGGGGCUUCAACAAUCACAUCAACCUCAUCAGGGGCCAGAUUAUCAACAUCAGAUACCUUGCCUACUUUGACAACAUUCUGGACUUCAUCAAAGACAGAAUACUUGUCUACCACGGGGCGUACAACCCCAAAGGCGUGGUAGAGGUCCGCCAAGCACUGGAGAAUGUGAAUAAAGUGGAAGAUCUUCUUCCUAUAAUGAAGCAGUUUAACAGUAAAACCAGAGAUGGCUUCACAGUCAACUCCAAAGUGCCCAGCAUGAAGGAUCCGGGCAAAGAGUAUGACGGCUUCACCAUCACCAUCACGGGAGACAGGGUGGGCAACAUGCUUUUCUCGGUGGAGACGCAGACAACGGAGGAGCGCACGCAGCAGUACCAGUCGGAGAUCGAGUCCAUCUACAGGGAGUUGACGACCAAAGGGAAGGUCUUCGCGCUCUCCACUGAGUUUGCGGACGCCGACGCCGUGUGCAAUCUGAUCCUCUCGCUGGUUUAUUACUUCUGCAACCUCAUGCCGCUCUCUAGAGGCUCCAGCGUGGUGGCCUAUUCGGUCAUGAUGGGGGCAGUGAUGGCUAGUGGGAAUGAGAUCAGCGGUCGGAUCCCCAAAGGAAAGCUGGUGGACUUUGAGGCCAUGACGACGCCCAGUCCUGACAGCUUCAGUAAAACAGCAAAGAGCUGGAUGCACUUCAAAACUUUACCCUCUUGGUACCAGAGUCUACCCCCUGUGGCCGAGACCUUCCCCUCCAUCAGAACCAUGAUCGAAGUCCUCAACGCAGACUCGUCGACACAAUGUUCAAAGAACUCUUAGCACGAGGCACACGUACAAGAAUUUAGUUCAUGAAAAGUUUUAAAUUGACAGAACAAAUGGACUCACUGAGAAUUCACGAUCAAGUCACGGUAAUCAAGACAAAAGUUAUAUAGUGAAACCUCUAACGUGGAACGUAAAACGGAUUCUGGUGGCCGUACGAGAAAAAUAAGCAAUAACUACUGGCAUUUGUGAAAAAAUGUUAAAAGGAGAGUCAUGUCGUGUCUUAUUUUUUUAACAUGCUUUAUUAUCAAGUGGCUGUUAAUUGUAAAAGGCACAACAAUACUUGCUUAUGUGACAUCAAGUAAAAAGAACAAAAAAAGCACAACAUUGUAUUUUAGUGACUGUAGUGGCCUAUUCCCCACAAACCGGCAUGGCAAUUUUUGCCAAAUUACUAAUUGAACAACCUUUGCAUAUGACUUUAGAGGUUGCACUAUAUCGACGUUUUGUGAUGAUUUCAUUUACCAAAAAGAAAAGCUGCAGCACCUCACGUCAAUCAAUUGUCAUCCAGCAGGUUUGUUAAAAAAAUAAAAUAAAAAAUAGUGGCACUAUAAGGUUUGAAAUUACAGGACAUCCUAUUGGAAAAACUUGACGUACUAGUUCAGUAUUUGGCUUGAAUGUCCCAUGGAAACAAAUGCACAAGUGACUUCACACAAAAGAAGAAAAAGCACACAGGUAAAGCACAUAAUUACAAAUAAUGUCUCUAAAUUGUGUAUUUUUAUUUUUUUUACAUUUUAUCCAAAACAUGAAAUAAAAUGUUGAAAUUGUGUUGUUUUUUUGGGGGGGUAGGGGGUGCGAAUAAAAAAUGUACUUGGA